UCAGAUGCUUUGUUUGCGUAUUAAAAAAAAGAACUAGCUGUCUUUAUCCGCAGACAUGUUUGUACAUGUACUAAAUCUGAAUAUCUGAAAUACAAAUCUGACUUGCAUGAAACAUGGUUAAUAAGCUUACAUCUCAGGCUAUAUUACAGAAUGGUGCCAAUUGAGAUUAUUUUUAAAGUGUGUGUGGGUGAGUAGAUGAAAUCAGAUACAAUAAAAAAAAUAUUUUAGAAGGUUUUCAUGAAAAUGUCUUAAUGACUCCAGUCCCGGACGACUAGCCUGCACAGUGCACGUACAUCAUCCAAGCUGGCACACUUCUCAUAACACUGGAAGCUGGAAUUGUGAAUAAACCGCCUCUCAUCCACUGAGUACCAGAAGAGGUUGCUCUCCGCAAGACCGUGGUGCUGAAAUCUCGUCUCCAUAUGAUAACAAUGUAACGGCAAUGACACAAUUUACUGUGGAAACCAAUAAACACUACCAACAUGGAGGAUGAUUUGUUCCAGUUAAGACAACUCCCCGUGGUCAAGUUCCGUCGCACGGGAGAGAGCACCCGCUCUGACGACGAUGGCGGGGGAAGAGAGCAGGAGAUCCAGAUCGAUGGGAGGCAAGCUUACAUGGAGUCUGUGGCACUUCAGGAUAGUGCACCAGUACCCAGAGAGUUUGCCAAUCCAACUGAUGACACAUUUAUGGUGGAAGAUGCUGUGGAGGCCAUUGGCUUUGGGAAAUUCCAGUGGAAACUCUCCAUCCUCACAGGACUGUCCUGGAUGGCUGAUGCCAUGGAGAUGAUGAUUCUUAGCAUUCUGGCACCACAGUUACACUGUGAAUGGAGGCUGCCAAGCCUGUGGGUGGCGCUACUCACCUCGGCGGUGUUCAUUGGGAUGAUGAUAAGCUCCUCCAUUUGGGGCAACAUCUCUGACAAGUAUGGCAGAAAAACUGGUUUGAAGAUGAGUGUGGCGUGGACCAUGUUCUACGGUGUCCUCAGCGCCUUCGCUCCCAUCUACGGCUGGAUCCUUUUUCUUCGUGCCCUGGUUGGCUUUGGCAUCGGAGGGGCCCCACAGUCAGUAACACUGUAUGCAGAGUUUCUCCCCAUGAGGUCCAGAGCUACCUGCAUUCUGCUGAUAGAGAUAUUCUGGGCUCUUGGCAUUGUGUUUGAGGUGCUUUUGGCCAUCCUGGUGAUGCCCACUCUGGGCUGGCGCUGGCUGCUUGGCCUCUCCACCAUACCGCUCUUUAUAUUUGCUAUCCUCUCUUUUUGGCUGCCAGAGAGUGCCCGCUAUGAUGUGCUGACAGGGAACCAGGAGAAAGCCCUGACCACUUUGAAGCGGAUCGCCAAAGAGAAUGGAGUCCCCAUGCCCCUAGGAAAACUAGUUGCUGCGAGACAGGAGGACCGUGGGAAGAUCCAGGAUCUUUUCUCACCACAUUUUCGAUGGACUACAAUUCUGCUGUGGUUUAUUUGGUUCUCUAAUGCCUUCUCAUACUAUGGCCUGGUCCUGCUUACCACUGAACUCUUCCAGGAUGGGGGUGCCUGUGGGGAGUCUAAAGGUAAUAAGAGGGAGCCUAGAUGUAGCCUGGAGUGUAAAUACCUGACCUCAGAUGAUUACAAGGAUCUGCUCUGGACAACCCUGUCUGAAUUCCCAGGCCUGCUGGUAACUUUGUGGGCCAUCGAUCGGCUGGGAAGGAGGAUGACAAUGGCGUUAUGCUUCUUCAUCUUUUCUCUCUGCCUUGUGCCACUAUAUGCCUGUGUGGGGAGGACCUGGCUGACAGUAUUGAUAUUCAUCGCCAGGGCAUUCAUCGCAGGAGGUUUCCAGGCUGCUUAUGUCUACACCCCUGAGGUAUAUCCAACUGCAACCAGGGCAUUAGGUCUAGGCACUAGUAGUGGAAUGGCCAGAGUGGGAGCCCUCAUUACACCCUUUGUUGCACAGGUGAUGUUGGAGUCGUCUGUGUACCUGACUCUGUCAGUGUACAGCAUCUGCUGUUUGCUGGCUGCCAUUGCCUCCUGUGCUCUACCCAUUGAGACCACUGGCCGGGGCCUCCAGGAGUCCAGCCACCGUGAAUGGGGCCAGGAGAUGAUGGGCCGGGCUCCUGCCCACAGCUCUGGGGGCAUCCCACACUCCGACUCUGGGUCCCAGGACGACUGAGUACAUGUACAGGAAUGGUGGAGGAGGGACAAUAAUGUGGAAGAGAAGGGCAGUGAAGAAGCGGCAAGCAGCCAUUGUCCAUUUGCACCUCAUGUGUCAUUACUGGUUUGUAUAUAGGCACCACAGUGGCUUGAGCGAGCCUGCCAGCAAAAUGUUUUUCAACAAAAAAAGUAUCUUAUUUUAAUCCCUAUUUUUGCCAGUGUACAGUAACCACACUGAGUGGGAAUGAGCUCACUGGAGUAUUCAGGGUAUAUAGACACAUAAGUGAGACAGCUAAUGAUAAUAAUGACUUUAUGAAUCCGUAAAUAAUAAUAAUGACAUAAAAUCCAUCUGUCUAGCUGUCAUAUGAAUUAUUCACAAUCAUAUUCUAGUCUUGAGCGGGUUAUAAUGUUUUUUCUUGCUGUGACUAUAGUUUAAGUAUAAUAGGACAACUGCUGACAGGUAUUUAUGAAAGUUCAUACCAGGUGUAAACAUUCUCAUUUUAAGGCUUUAUGAAUAUGCCAUGACUGUGUGUGUUAUCACCCUGCAUCACACAAAGAUGUGAGUCUGGUACACUACAGUGUAUUUCGGGGUACACCUCAUGCUUCACUGGGUAUACUAAGUCACGUUAAUCAGUAUUCACAUGCCAAACACUCAAGAAGAAGCUUUUCUUACUGGGCAGAAGUGAGCUCUGUAAAUACUAUACCAAAUCCUGGUUUGGUUGGUGUUGUCCUUGUCCGUUGGUGAGGUGGUGCGGGGAUGUACUUUGUCCCCUUGUAAAAGUAACACGUGAAAUAAGGUAUUGUUGAAAACGGUAAGGAACCUUGCACUUGUCCAAGCUGUAAGCUGUCUUCUACAGGCCUGCCUUUGCGAUUUAGUGCCACAUUAAGAGUCUGUGCACAGAGUCUUAUCACUGCACUGGAUGUAAAUGUGUAUGAUACAAUAAUAAAU